AUGGCCGUAAUCACCUUGUUGCCUCUUAUCUCCGCUUGUCAUAUUUCACUCCUGGUUCGUAUUCUGGCCCUCAUAAUCCAAUUCCAUGGGUUUCCUUUGCUCUGCGGCUGUUUCUGGUUACCGGAGGGCAUAAUCACCGCCGCUAGUGGAAUAAUUGACGAGAAUGUUCCGCUCUUCAUAAAGGUCUCUUACUGGGGGCUGUCGUUUGCUCAGAUAGUUAUCUCACUUAUGGAUAAUCCACGCGAUGAUGGCAUUGAGUGCAGACUCAUCGAUGAUGCUUUAACAAAAUACCGCUUCCACCGUUUGGCCGAACUGAAUCGAAUAUUUGACCGGCUUCGUACACCCAGGCGCGAUAGACGUGUUGUCGAUGCGUUUGCGAGGUUAUGGAUAGACGUACUUAGGAUCAUAUGCAUGGUCUACAAGUACGAUAUAUGCAAUGGAACAUGUCGUCACUGUGGCAGAGAUGAUGGAUCCAAAAUUCUCACGUCAGACGAUCUUAGAGACCUCCGUCAAGGGAUUCUGGAAUGUAUCCAGAGCACUGACAGCUACUGCGAAGUCAUUGAUCUCUAUCGCGAGGCGGUUGAUCACUUCAGAACGCCUGCCGACAAUCGCAGCACCUCUAAUGACAAUCAAUGCUGCGAUGGCCUCUACUUCCAAAUAGAGGCCUUGGCUCAACGUGUUGAGGGACUACGGGAUAGGUGCUCGAAAAUGAGUGUUUGGAAGCGGGCCUGGUGUCGACCCCUCGUCGAGCAUUUCAAUGAUGGUCUGAAACCUCUGCUUAUGGAUAUCAUUCGGGAGGAUCUUGACGGUCCAACCGGGGAACAGAUGUUGAAACGGCCAGAGAAAUAA